AUAUAUAUAUUUUCCUAAAGCGCAAUACACAUUGAGCCCGCCGGGCCGCCGACAAAGCCCGGCGACACAACCCGGCGGCCUGUAUGAAAAGAAUCAUGUCGGCAACAUGCGCCCGCGCGUGUUACCCGCCGACAUGUUGGCGGCUUGGGUACGCCUGCGCUCAGUUGCCCGGCGACGCUCGACCUGUAGUGACGUGCUUGUAUUUUUUACGACAUGGAGUGGGACGACGAAAAAUGUCUUACGUUAAUUAAUCUUUAUCAUGAGAAGGAGGUAUUGUGGAAUUCAAAACACCCAGAUCAUAAAAGUCGACCAAAGCGUUUCGACUCAUUGAAUGAAAUAGCAAACCAUUUUAAUACAAAUGUAUCAGAAAUAGAAAGAAAAAUUAAAAACUUGACAAGUCAGUAUUAUAGAGAGAAAAAAAAAGUGACUGACUCAAAAAAGUCGGGUAUCGGUACAGAUUGUGUUUAUCAGAGCAAGUGGUUUGCAUAUAAAUCAUUUAGUUUUUUGCAAAACAAGAAUACUACUACUGCCACGAUCGAUUCUGAGACAUCAAACGAGAGCAGUGUUGUACAACCCCAGCAAAAUGAUUCAUCUCAUUCAUUUGCCGAUGACACGAUUAAACGUCCCAGAAAAAAUCUAAACAAUGAAAUGAUUUCACAAGCUCUGAAUAUUAUGAAAUCUGUCUCCGAUCGACAAAAUCAAACACAAGAAAAAGAUGAAGACACUCUUUUUGGAGAAUAUAUUGCAGCAAAACUGAGAAAAAUGGAUAAAGCAACAAAUGCAAUAGUAAAACAUCGAAUUAAUAACAUUAUUUUUGAAACCGAAAUUGGAUAUCACACAGAUAUGUAUGCAGAUUACGCAAGACCCUCUAGCUCCCGUAGUCAUCCAGGUUACUAUACAGGUUCUCCAAAUGAUCAGCCAAAUGCAUAUCCUUCUAACCGCUCAUCAUCUGUAUAUUCUACUAUAACGAGCCCGAAUCAUCAGCAUUCUACCACCACAAAUCCUGAUAAUCAGCCAAAUACAAACCCUUCAUCUCUAUAUCCCAUCAACAUAAGCCCUCAUCCGCAACUUCCUGGAGUUGAAUCUUCAGUACCAGUAGCGCUUGAUGAAAGUUCUAAUAGUGAACGUAUAAGCAGCCAAGAUUUAGAGAACGUUUUUAAAUCCCUACAUGAAAAAUAAUUUUCUUUCUUUAAGAUCUUUAUUAUAUUGUUAUAAUUUGAAAUAAAUAUAGCUUAGCAUGAGAAAAGUAAUCAUGAAAUAAAUCUGUCUUUUGAAAUGUUAUGAUUAAGUAAGAGUCACUAAUUGUAAACACAAAUUAAAAUAUAACUAUCAUUA